AUGUUGUUAUUCGCGUUGACUUAUACGUCCGUCCUCGGCAGGAAUGAGUUGCGAAGACCGGCAUCGUCGACCACCACAAGGAAAACGACGACAGACGAUUGGCUGGGCCUGCGGCCGAAAAGCAACGCGGAGAUAACGUCGUACGAACCAUCGUCACACGGCGGUGGUGGGCAAAAUGCAUCGAGGCGUCACGACUUUAGGCGACAGAGCACGCAACAGCGAACUUCCCGUUCGGCGGGCUUGUUGUUCAGCGACGACGACGACGACGACAACGACAAGAAGAAUAAGACCACCAACCGAAAUGUUUUUGACUCGUUAGCCGAUGCCACGUACCGUGGUACCGGUGUAAGUGCCGUGCCUUCGCCGGUAACAACCACGGUCAACGGAGAUGCCGCCCCGUCCGCCGACCGGACGUGGACCGCGGUUUCCGAGCCACAGCUCACGUUGUCGAAACGCCGAGAGACGUCACCGUCCAUCGUCACGGUCGCCAAGAAGACCACGGCAGCCUCAGGUACCUAA